GCCCACUCUCUGUGUAUUUUUUUGCCUGUGUGUACAGAAAUUCUUGCCACUUUAAAGGGGCAUUCUGGCUUGGUGAAAGGGCUGACCUGGGAUCCUGUUGGGAAAUAUAUUGCCUCUCAGGCUGACGAUCGAAGUUUGAAGGUGUGGCGGACGAUGGACUGGCAACUGGAAACUAGCAUCACAAAGCCCUUUGAUGAGUGUGGAGGGACAACACAUGUGUUGCGUCUUAGCUGGUCACCUGAUGGUCACUAUCUUGUUUCUGCUCAUGCCAUGAAUAAUUCUGGACCUACUGCUCAGAUCAUCGAGAGAGACGGAUGGAAAACCAACAUGGAUUUUGUAGGGCACCGGAAGGCAGUUACAGUAGUGAAAUUCAAUCCAAAAAUCUUCAAGAAGAAGCAAAAGAACGGGAGCUCCACCAAGUCAAGUUGUCCCUACUGCUGUUGUGCUGUUGGUAGUAAGGAUCGAUCUCUUUCUGUCUGGUCAACAAAAGAAAUGUUCAUUUCCUUCAGGACCCUUAAUGGGCUGGGUAUCUUGGUGUGCUCCAUGGAUGGAUCUGUGGCAUUUUUAGACUUUUCCCAGGACGAGCUUGGAGAUCCGCUCAGUGAGGAGGAAAAGAGCGACGUUCAUCAGUCCACGUAUGGCAAGAGCCUAGCUAUAAUGACUGAAGCUCAGUUGUCUACCAGCAUUACUGAGAAUCCAGGGAUGCUCAAGGAUCAAGAAAGACAGCAGCAGCAGGCGGAGCAGAAGAGCGCAUCGAUAAGGGAGGCGUCUGGGGCUGCAACAGCAGCUCCGAAAGUGGCAAACAUGGUUAAUGGGGAGAGUUCAGAGGACAUUAGAAAGAAUCUCUUAAAAAAGCAAGUUGAAACACGGACAGCAGACGGACGGAGAAGGAUUACACCUCUCUGUAUAGCUCAGCUGGACACUGGGGAUUUUUCUACAGCAUUUUUCAAUAGCAUCCCAAUAUCUGGAACUCUGGCUGGCUCAAUGAUGUCUUCUCAAAGUAACCAGCAGCUCAUGUCAUUAGAUUCUAAUGCAGCAAAUUCCCUUAAUACUUCAAAGCCUUCUGUAGAGCCAACAGCAGCCAGUAUAAAAGCAACAGAUGAUGCAGCCAAUAAAGAUGGUGUCAAUGCUACCUCUGCUUCAGCUGCUCCUCCUGCACCGUCUUCCUCUGUGUUGACAACUCCAUCCAAGAUUGAACCUAUGAAAGCAUUUGAUUCUAGAUUUACGGAACGAUCCAAAGCCACCUCAGGGACUGCUGUCGUAACAAAUACAAAUCAGACUGUUGUGGAUAGACUGAAGGAUCAGAAUUUAAUUAAAGACAAUAAACCCAAGGAUAUUCUGGAGAGUAGCAGUGACAGUGAAGAGAAGAUUCCAGCUGCUAAACCACUCAGCGCACCCAAGCGGAAACUGGAACUUGAGGUAGAAACGGUAGAAAAGAAGAAGAAAGGAAGGCCUCGAAAAGACUCCAGACUUGUACCGGUGACUUUAACUGUUCAGUCCCCAGCUACACUGGGCCCUGAAAAAGAUGCUGCUUGCAUCUCUGCACCAGCAUUAGCACUUAAACUGCCAGCCCCAAUCCCACAGAAAUCAUUUACUUUGCAAGUAAGUUCCGAUCCAUCAAUGUACCUCGAAGUGGAGAAUGAAAUGACGACAGUGGGAGGUUCCAAGUUGAGCAGGUUAAAGUGUAAUCGAGAAGGAAAGGAAUGGGAGACAGUCCUCACUAGUCGAAUUCUCACUGCAGCAGGAAGCUGUGAGAUCGUCAGUGUAGCCUGUGAGAAACGAACGCUGUCAGUAUUUUCAGCUUGUGGUCGUCGCCUUCUUCCCCCUAUAAUAUUGAAUACCCCCAUUUCCACCCUCCAUUGCACAGGUUCUUACAUCAUGGCUCUCACCACUGCUGCUACGCUCUCUGUUUGGGAUGUUCACAAGCAGACAGUCAUUGUUAGAGACGAGUCUUUGCAAACAAUAUUAUCAGGAAGUGAUGCAACUCUUUCUCAGAUCUUGCUGACUCAGCAUGGUAUACCUGUAAUGAGCAUGUCUGAUGGAAAGGCAUACUGUUUUAAUCCUUCUCUUUCUACGUGGAAUCUUGUUUCUGACAAACAGGACUCUCUAGCGCAAUGUGCAGACUUCAGGAAUAACUUACCAUCCCAAGAAGCCAUGCUGUGUUCUGGGCCCUUAGCUGUAAUACAGGGACGAACAUCAAAUUCAGGAAGGCAAGCUGCCAGAUUGUUCUCCAUGCCUCAUUUAGUGCAGCAAGAAACAACACUUGCAUACCUGGAGAAUCAGAUAGCAGCAGCACUUAUAUUACAAUCCAGUCAUGAAUAUCGCCACUGGCUCCUUAUCUAUGCACGGUACCUAGUUAAUGAAGGUGAGACUUCUUUGCAGCUCUGUAUUUUAAGAAACCCUCUGUUCACUUCAUCUAUAUGUAUGACUGAAUUU